ACAAGUAUGACUAUGACUAUGACUAUGACUAUGACUAUGACUAUGACUAUGACUAUGACUAUGACUAUGACUAUGACUAUGACUAUGACUAUGACUAUGACUAUGACUAUGACUAUGACUAUGACUAUGACUAUGACUAUGACUAUGACUAUGACUUUGACUAUGCGGAU